CGCCGGGUGCCGGCGUCGACCAAAGCCUCGCGAGCUCGAUUGUAAUAUUCUACAGGAGCCGAUUAUCGCAAAUCCACAUGCGGGGGAGAAUUAUGCUCCGUCAGCUUUGAUCAUUACCCAUUUCCUGACCCCAUCGAUCGAUCGAGCACAAGGAUGUGGCCCUUCGUGAAGGAAUUCGAGGAUCUGCCGUCUCUGGCCGCGGAAGCAGGACUCUUCAGAGAAGACUUGCUCGAGUCCGUCACUUGCACGUUCAGUCGAAUCGCACGUCAAGCUGGGACUGCCGACUAUCACGGGAAGCUGAUGGCAGGGGAGCAUCUGAAGCUACUUCGAGCACUAUCGAAUAAGAAGUCGAUAGCGCUGCACGUGAUGAUGUCCGUUGAGAACUUCCGGAACUUCGAAGCUUUGACUUCCUAUGAAAUGGACGAGACCGACUGGGAACGAUUCCUGCUGCGUGAUGCCUCGGUUUUCUUCGUCGUGGUGCUACAGGAAACUCUUCUCCGCUACAAAAACAAUUUCGACUUUUCGGAGUUGGUCGGCGAGCUUCUCAUGAAGCCUCAGACGUCCCGACUAUUCGUGAUGUUCUCCGAGUUUUUCAACAACAAAUCGCGGAUGUUCGUGGAAGAGUUCUCCUAUUGUGUGUUAUUCUGUUCGGCCAUGUGGCAAACCUCUGCGAAUCGGUGGAAGGAAUGGAUGGGCUACAAACACCUGCCGGAGCCGUUCCGAGAAGAUUUGUGCGACAAUUCCGCCAACCCGGCAGCUCUUGCGAAGAGAACGAGCCUCCUGAAGCGAUUGACUCUGACGGACUGCAUUAAUCCGUUAUUUCUCAGAAAAAAACUCGAAAGCCUAGUCUCCGAUGAUCUCAACAAUGAACGACGUCGAUUCGCAUUCACCCUUUGCGUCAUGGAGCCCGAGAACAAGGAAAAUUAUAAAUCCCUGAUCCGAAUCCUCGCUGUCUGCUCAGAACUUGCGCAUGUCGACCGAAUAAAAUCGUGGCUCGAAGACCAAGCGCGCUGUGACCCCAACUCGGAGGCAGUAGCAGACUGGGAUGACGACGAGGAUUGGGAAAGCAUUGACGAAGAUGAAGAAGCCUCCGUGGAGGAGGACCACAUCAAAUCAUGGAACGCGAUCGCCUAUAGAAUGGCGAACAACCAGUUCAUUGAUGCGAUCGCUCUGCUCGAUAAUCUCGCGAUUCCCGGGGCCACGAGGGAGGACACGGAGCGCCGCAAUUUGAUUUGGGGUUACGCCGCCAGUCACACAAACGAUCGAGAUCUCCUGAAACGAGCUCGGCGCAUCCUUACGGCAUCGGCGGACAAGCACCCUAUUGCUAAUUACUGGCUCGCGGAAAUGAGUGUCCGGCUAUCCUCAUAUCCAGAAGCUUCCAGCUUCUUAGACAAGGCACGAUUCGAGCUCGUGGCGAUCCCCUUCGAUCGAGGUUUCUUGAAGCCCUCGACGGAAGAGGAUUAUGCUAGCCGAGUUAAACAGCUCAAAGAAACGUUCCGGAAUCCCUUGAGAGCCGACUACAUGUGCUGCCGACAAGGCUGUGAUCUGAAAGGAAUCUUCCGGAGCAGCCUAGGAUUCAAUGGUAUCGCGCAAGUGACCUGUGGAGGUGAUUGUCUUCUCAAUUUUCACGCGGACUGCUGGAAGAUUGUCGUCCAAAAGGAUCUCGAUGGGGGUAAUAAGCACAGAUUAGGUUCUGCAUGCUACACUCCUGAUUGUCCGGGACGUAUAAUAUUGGUGAAGCUAUUCAACUCGAAUAUGCAAUCCACGAAAGAAUACCGCUGGAAGGACGCCACGGAUAGGCAGUCUAGUUCCCCGGUGGACUUGGAACGUGAAUUACUUGACGCAUUGAGGCUGACAAUUUAUCAGACCAAAGAUCAUUUCAGUCAGUCCGAAAUCCUGACGCUUUGUAGAGACAUCAGCGAAGGCGACUGUGAUAGGCUUGCGACAUUCGUCGAGACUUGCUUCAGGGAGGAUCAGAGACUCAAUCCUCCUUGGACGAAAGCACAGUGGCUUCAAGCGAUGCAGUCUCAUUUCGAAAAAAAGGUGGAGGCUCCGGAUAUAGAGAGGAUAAACUCGGACUUGAACUCUCUCGUGCUCGUCGAGCGUCUCAGCAUGGAUGAGGUAGAGUCCAUAAACCUCGAAUAUUCUCGCGUGGAAUCCGAACUCAGCGAGCUGCUCAAUGAAGAAUGUAAUCUCCGUGAGGAGCAGCAUAGAUUGAUGAAGCCAUUCGACAAUUUGGCGAAACUGCAGGACGAGCUCGAGGGUCUCACUCAACGGGAAAGGGAAACUGACGAAGCUGAGAAAGAUUUGGGGACUCUGCGAGGGGUCCUUGAUCUCAAAAGAAAGAUUCAGGAAGACUUCAAGGACGAGUUGAGGAGAGAGCGGGAGAAGCUUUCUGAAGCCGACGCGCGUUUAAGGGAAGGGGAAUUGAAAUAUAUCAGUCUGCGGGAUGAACGAUCAGACCUCCUCCGUGUUGUGAAAGAGAAUGCUUUGGAAGCGAGAGCUAGUCUUCGACGAGCUCUGAUGGAACUCAACGAGACGCGCUAUGUCAUCGCCAGCGACAGCCUCUUAGCUGUCGAACAAGCCGUCGGAAGGAACAUUCGAGCAGCGGAGGCGCAGCGAAACCCUGACCUGAAGGAGAUGAACCGGGCUGCUAAACGAAAAAAUUUCGAGCUCCUCAAUGACAUUGUUACGGCCUCACGAACACUCGAGGAGACGACGAAGGCCACCACAAUCGAUAUUCAGAAUGGUCGCCUAGACGCGGCGGACGUCGAAAGCCGAGAGGAUUGUUUGCAGGAAUGGUUACAGCGCUAUUCGAACCUGCCAGAUCUGAGUGCUGCAGUGGAGAACCAGAGUCUAGAACAUGUCGCCCGAAUUCUCGGAUGA